AAGUGCACUUCUCUGAAAUGUGAAAUUUCAUUUAUGUAUUCGUAAUAGUUAAUUAUCAGGAUCACGAUGCACCGAUUACUUUUUGGCGGAGGCAAGACGAAAAACCCAACUGCUACAAAUUUACAAACUCAAAAAACAAAACAAAUUGAAAGCUUGCGGAAGACAAAUUUUGGGACUGUUGAAGUGGUACGAGAUGAAGAAUACAGGGUUACAGUUCCAAGUGGUUCUACAAACAUCACACUUAUUAUCACCCUGCCAGUGUCAUUCCCUCAGGAAAAACCUACCGUUACAGUUCAACCGCACCUUACACAUCCAUGGGUUGAUGUGCAGAUGAAAGUCGUGGGCUGCUCCAAUAUUAACACUUUUUCCAUGCAUUCAGAUUUAGGUCAAGCCAUACAAGCCAUUGUUGAGGAAUUUAGAAGAAACCCACCAAGAAUUCUACCCCAUAUGCUAGACCAGACUCCCUCUGCAAUGUAUCCUGGAAUUCCACCAUCUUCUGCCAUGAUGCCACAGGGCUAUCCUAACUACACACCGAGAAGUAACUUUGGCAUUGUCUCCAGUUCAAAUCCCCCCACCAUUCCCCCCAGAGUGCCUUAUAAUGGCAUGGCAGCUGGGUUGGAUUCAGCGCCUUCAAUACCAAAUUGUAAUUUGAGUAAUACUAACAGAGACCACGAACUGCCUGAUGUAUUACAAGCAUUUCCAUCUCUAAAAGAUAAAAAGCUGUUUGAACUGCAGGAGCUCGUGGAUAAUGAAGAAAAAAUAUUAGAACUAAUACGAGAGCUUCCCCAGUUAUCACAGAUUGCCCAAGAAAGAGAAGAUUUGUCGGCCCAGUGUGUGGAACUUGCAAGGGAGAACUUACAGCAGCGACCGAACCUCGAGGAACUGAAGAAUGCCAUUCUCCAGAAAUGUCAGGAGCUGGAUGAGGUGAAGGAAUCUCUGGAGAUGAACUGUGAACGUCACAUGACGCUGGCAGACGAGUUCGAUCCAACCCACAUCCAGACAAACCUCAAAGUGGCCGUUCUCGAAGCAGAGGAAGAAACAGAACAAAUAGCAGAAGAUUUGUUGAAUAAAAAAAUUGACAUUGAAACGUUUAUCCAGUCAUUCCUUCAAAAAAGAACAUUAUGCCACAAACGGAAAGCAAAAGAAGAAAAAUUGAACCAGAUUGUAAUGGCUCAGGAUCUAUAUUUUAAUUGAUUAGAGGGUGAUAUUGUGGGACAGAUGCUGAGAUAAUGAACCCGGGCAUUUUGGAUGAAAUAGAAAUGAAAACGAAUAGAAGAAUGACACAGUAUAAAGUGAUGUUUGGCUAGGGGGACAAGUCUCCAGUUUCAUUUACUGAAUGCUUUUCUGUUGAGAUGAACGAAUGCUAUUUUAUUGUUUGUGAUUUUGUAUAUUGAUGCAAUCAUAUUGCUUUGUUAUGAUGUAGAAUACAGCAUAUUGGCAAAUAAUAUUGUUAUAAUUAUUAAUAUUUUUGCAUCAACAUUAUGUGCUUUUAAACAUCUAAACUGGAAUUUUCUAAUGAAAAAAACCCUGACAGUUUAUUUGUCUGUUUGAAGAAAUAACAGAGAAAUAAACUGAGUAACAUGUUUAUGUGUAGUGUACAUUAAGCGUUCCAAUAAUAUGAAACUAUUUUCAUGUCCGUGUAGUAUUAAUAAGAACCAGGGUCCAAUUUCACUAAACAUCGUAAACCUGGUUUUGUACCUAAAUGUAAAUCUACGACUAAACCACAAUUCCUAUUACUGUUAUAGCACAACAAAUAUAGUUAGAAAUACACAUAUUUCAUUUACUUUUUUCCUUAAAAUGCACCAUUUUCCUUAAUGCUGUAAUUUUCUUAGUGCAAUAGAUGUCAAACACUUGUAAAUGUAUGCCUGGUAUAACUGCUAGUCGCAGACAUAAACUUACAAAGCUUUGUGAAAUUGUCCGAAGGCGCCUCUCUAUCAGACACGAGCAGUCGCUCACCCUUGUCUCAUACUCGCCCAAAGAUGGAAAGUGGGAGGUGUUUCUACACUCGCCUUCCAUCAUAUAACUUUAUUAUUUGGUAUUUUAUGUUGCUUGUUGUUGAGACAUGUUGAAUAACCAUCCUUAUUUGAAGUCUCACCUGGAAUUAUUAUCAGGAGAGCAAAAGAUUGCUUUGCUAUGUUUUGUAGAUGGAGAGACGUAAAAAAACCUACUACGCAUUGUGGUGCAAUAUAAAACAGGCAUUGAAAUAAACAACCUGUGGUAACCCCUGUAAUGGUUACCAUAAAUAACAGGGCUGGUAACGUCUAGGUUACUCUUUAGGUUACAUUUAGGUUACUUUUUAGGUUACCUAUAGGUUAUUCUUUGGGUUACCUAUAGGCUAUUCUUUGGGUUACCUAUAGGGUACUCUUUAGGUUACCUAUAGGUUAUUCUUCAGGUUACCUAUAGGUUAUUCUUUGGGUUACCUAUAGGGUACUCUUUAGGUUACCUAUAGGUUAUUCUUUGGGUUACCUAUAGGGUACUCUUUAGGUUACCUAUAGGUUAUUCUUCAGGUUACCUAUAGGUUAUUCUUUGAGUUACCUAUAGGUUAUUCUUUGAGUUACCUAUAGGGUACUCUUUAGGUUACCUAUAGGUUAUUCUUUGGGUUACCUAUAGGUUAUUCUUUAGGUUACCUAUAGGUUAUUCUUUAGGUUACCUAUAGGUUACUCUUUAGGUUACCUAUAGGUUACUGUUUAGGUUACCUGUAGGUUAUUAUUCUUUAGGAUAGGCCUAUCUAUAGAUUAUUCUUUAGGUUACCUCUAGGUUAUUUCACAGGUUACCUAUAGAUUACCAUACAUUUAUGAAGUUUACAGUUCCUAAUAGAAUCUUUUCACAAAUACGCUAGUACUUUCUUAUUCAUAUCACUGGUCUCGUUGCAAUGAUAUCUCUGUGUGUAAUUUAUAAUUAAACAGCACACAAUUGAUCAGAAUUUAGAUUGUGGUGCUUUUGGUUUGAUAAAAAACAAAUUUGUUAAGAAUAAAGUAAGGUUCCUUGACGUUUAGUUACUUGGUCUAAAAACAAGGGGUGCGGUUUAUACACCAGUGUAUAAUAGGCCGGAAAAUAUGGUACCUCUUGGUAACCUGAUCAACCAUUCUUGACUUAUUUCGAUGCUUGUAAAACAUACAUUUUAAUGACAAUAGAAAUCAAGUAAUAACUUUGUUUUCAUUUACAUGUGUGUGGAUAAAUAAAGAUGGAUUUUUCUCUUUGUACUGAUGUGAUACAGAUGUUUAGCAAAGCCUUUCAAUAAGUUAAAUGAGUUUUUCUUGCUUUUGUUUGUUAUUAAAGGGACAUACCCUAGUUUUUAAAUCACUAAGGCAUAUUUUUUCUAUUAUAGAGCCGUUUUUGAUAACUAAAAUCAUACUUUACUUAGAUAUUAUUGUU